ACUUAGUUGGCAACGCUAAGUAAUGUAGUCUUUUCGCGUCACUGUGGCAUUGACUGUGGUAAUCGAUAAUGGCUUAAUGGGAAUAACAUAACCUUUAUUUAGGUUACAUUUGUUAUUUCAUUAUCUAUGUUAAAAUUAUCAAUAUUUUUUCUUUAAACAUGUUUCAUAGGUUUCUAUUAAUGCUAAUUUUAUAAAUUAUUUGCAUGAAACCUUCGUCAUCAAUCCUAUAAAGUUGUCAAAAUGCGUUUUGUAAACAGCAAAGGCGUUGAAACGAAUUGUAGUUCAUCUUACACUAUUUGGAGCACUGGAAGUUUGCAAGCGCCUACUAUUUUGAAAACAAUUCAAAAUCCUAAUGGAGCUGAAGUGUCCUGCCUUACUGAUGAAUUAUCUAGCCUAUAUUCACUUGAUUCUGUAUCCCCAUCUCAAAAAAGAAAGAUAUUAGAUUGUGAAAAAGGAGAGUAUGAUGAAAGAUAUUGUAAAAUGCAGAGGAAGAAGUUGCUACAAAGAGUCGCAGCUAAAGCUAAUUUAGUUAUAGAUGAUGAAGCCUCAGAUGAUGAAGAAGAUGAGAUUUAUGAACAAAUGGAUUGGAUUGAGAGAGAAAGUGAUGGUGGAAAUAUGUUUACUUGGGAUAGCAGUGAUGAAGAAGAGGAUGAUGACUCUUUUGAAGAAAUAAUCCCUAAUUCCCCUGUUCUAUUUGUACCCCGCUCGAAAUGGAAAGAAGAAAGACGCAGAUUACUUCGAAUUUCUAUGGCUAAAAUUCGCAGAGUGGAAGAUCCCGAAUCUUACCUCCGACGUUCCGUCCUCAUUAACAACACCGUGAAAAGACUCCAGAAAGAUGUAGCAAUGAGUGUGGCAUGUCAUUCUGAUGCUUCUACUUCAUCAGUUCAUGUUAAUUUUGCUUAUCAGAAUGAAGGCCACAACAGUUGGCAGUCUGAAAGUGCCAAUUCCAAUCUUUUGAAGCCCCAAAUUCGAGAUCCAUCGUUUGGUGUAGACUAUUCUGCUUCGUUGCUAAAUGGUGAAACGGUGGUUCGGUACGAUGAUCAAUCAGCUCACCCAGACUUGUCUUCUAAUCCUGUCCAAUUUCAUCUUGCUUUUGCUUCGUCUUUCUUUUCUGACAAAGAUUUUGAUGUUUCCCGUCAUGAAAUAACGCACAGCACAACUUUUAAUAGGAAUCUUACUGAAGAGCAGAAGUUGUUGAAUGAUUCAAUAUCGCCAUUUGUUUUAAAACAACCAUCUCCUAUGCAUCUAUUUUCAUCCCAACCUUGUGGUUUGCAAUAUAGAAGCCAUGUCCAAGAUGAAGAUUCUGCUGAUGAAUAUAGUGAAUCUUCUAGUACGUCCUCCAUAUUAGAUUCUGUUGUGUAUCACAGUCUUGUUGCCUCUUUGGAAACAUAGCUCAUUACUUUAAAUAUAUUGAACUAAUUUUAACAUUUAAAGAUUUUUUUUACUUCCAUACAGAAUUCUGUUGUAUAUUACAGUCUUGUUGCUUUUUUGAAAACACAACUCAUUUUUUAUUAUAUUUUACAUUUAAAAGUUUUCUUAUCCUAUACAAUAUAAUCAUUUUUAAUACUUAAGUUUUUAUUAUUUUACACGUUUAACUGUAACUUGUGAUAUAUGAAGGACUGGUGUGUCGAUUUGUGAACCUAUCCAUUUGUAGGGGAAAAUGUUUUUAUUUUAAUUUAAAACUAUGUCAAACAAGUUGUGCAAUGUAAGAGCUUGUAAGUACUCAUUUUCAAUUUAGGGUUUAAUAUAUUUUAUAUUGAUACUGCCACAAAAGUAUUUGCUAUUGAUUGUAAAUAUAUACAGUUGGGGUUUUUUAAUGAACACUAAAAUAAUGUAAAUUUGUGAAUAAAAUUUUGUUAUUUUAAAUCCAUGUAUAUCUGAACAAAAGUUGAAUGCAUAUAAGAGGCAUUUUCAUAUAUGAUGUAAAUAAGAUAACUAUUUUAAGUGUAUAUAUAUUAAAUUUUUUAAUUAACUGUAUUUUAGGGCUAGAUAAUUUUAUUUAAGAUUUUUUUUCUUCUAUUAAACCAAGAACUAAAUUUAUAUGAGUUUUAAAGGUAAAUAUUACUUUUCUCGUACUAGCAAUCUUGAAUCUUUUGGCAUUAACACAAUUUUACUAAAUUUUAAUCUUAUUCAUAAAGUAUUUUACUUAAUUUUUUUCACAUUAGUUUAAUGUGAGUGUUAAUUAAUGCAAUACUGUUAGAGUAUUAAUUAAUGCAGGCAAUACUUUGAGUGUUAAUUAAUGCAAUACUGUUUGAGUGUUAAUUAAUGCAAUAAUGUAUUCUUACGCCUUGUAAUAUAGUUGGUCUCGUUAAUUUAUUUACAAUUUUAUUACAUUUAUUUGCUUUGGUUCAGAGUAACACAAUUUGCUUGAGAAAAGUGCUUUUGUCAGGCUAGUGAGAAUGACUGGUUAAAGCUGAGACAAGCUACGUAAUUAACUGAAAAUUGUGUAAUACAUCAUAUUUACCUCAGUUGUAGGGAUUUAAAAUUUUAUUAUAUCUAAAUAUAAAAAAUGAAUUUUAAUUAUUUAAACUAAUUGGUAACAUGUAUUUUCAAUUUCUUGCACAAUAUUAAUUUAUAUAUAUAUAUAUAUAUUUUUUAUAUUAGAUUUUACUUUGAGCAAAUCAGUAUGUGACUAAUAAUUUUUCAUUAGUUAUUCAAAAUUAUUAAAUGUAAAAAUGUGUACUAUGCAUUUAAUUAGAGGUGUUUAUUUUUAUUAAGAGACAGAUUUUACUAUUUUUGUUGGCCAGAAACCUAUUAUUGCAGAAGCUGUUUUAACCAGUUUUUUCCACCUCUGGCAAAAACUUGCCUACUCUGCUUUAUUUGCAUCAAUAGUUAUAAUUCUUAAAUCUAAUUUUAAAAAAAUAAUAUUAAGUAUAUAUUUUUUUAUUAAUGAUGUUUGAUUUAAUGAUUUAUUAAUUAUGAGAUUUAAAAUGAAUUCUUAAAUAAUCAAAUGAAUUAUAUAUAUAUUUAUGCUUUAAAUUAUUUUUCUUUAAUUAAGCCUAAUGCUGUUUUAUGUUAUAAUUUUACCUUGCAUUGUUAUUUCAAUGAAUUAUUAUAAUUACAUUUAUUUUUGAUAGAAUUAUUUUCAAAGUUUUUAGUAUACUAUUAUUAAACAUUGACAGAUGGUUUGGGUAUUGUUUAAGUUCAAUGUUGCAUAAAAAGUAUGCAAAAUAUUUUGCAGGCAUUAAAUGUCAUGGUGCUAUUAUUUACUUAUUGUAAUAUUUAAACUCUACAGUAAAAGUAUGUCAUUAAGUAACACAUGCCAUUGAUUACAAGACUAUUAAGUUAUAAGUGUAAGAGGGAGUAAGUAUGUUAAAAUGAAUAAAAUUGUAAAUUUACAUAUAAACAGACUUGUGUUGUUUUGUUAAUCUUGUGUUGAAUUUUUUUUAAUAAAAUAUACAAUGAAACCAAGUA